AUGGAAGAUUGGGAAGAGGAACGUGAAACUGUAAAGGCCGAUAUUAGUCAGCUAAAGGAUCAAGUCGGUCAAAUUUUAGAAGCUUUGAAAACCAUGAAGGGUGCAGGAGAGAUUUCGUCUGUAAAGGCCGAGGAUAAUGCUCACCCUCCAAUACAUAACGCUGUAGGAACACAAUUCACAUUUCCAAUGUAUGGUUUGCCACCAGGUUACACACCACCCAUUGGAGAUCAUUCAGAGGCAGAGCACACUUCUUUGGCACUUCCCAUAACAAAUGGUUUACUUCCUAUUAGUACUAAAGGGCCUAUCCUCAUGACAGAGACGAAGGUGAAUGAAACGUCCAUGUCUCCCCACACAAUUGUCGCACAAGAUGUUGCUUUGCAGGCGAACGUAGAAGGAGCGAAGGAUAAACUCGAAGUUCUAGAAGGUAGACUGAGAGCCAUAGAAAGGUUUGAAAGUUAUGGGUUUGGUGACGUGGCAAGGUUGAGUUUAGCUCCAGGAGUGACCAUUCCACACAGGUUUAAGGUGCCAGAAUUUGAGAAAUACAAGGGAAACACAUGCCCUAAGAAUGAUUUGACUAUGUAUUGUCGAAAAAUGGCUGCUUACGCUCAUGACGACAAAUUACUUAUCCAUCUCUUUCAAGAUAGUUUGGCUGAAGCGGCAUUGAGUUGGUAUACACAUUUGAAUUCCUCGCAUAUUCAUUCUUUGGCAGAUUUGGCAGAUGCCUUUGUAAGGCAGUACAAAUACAACGUGCAUGUUGCACCAAACAGGUUACAAUUGCACCACAUGGCGAAGAAAGAGGAAGAGUCUUUUAAGGAAUAUGCGCAACGAUGGAGAGAGUUGGCAGCACAGGUUGAGCCACCUCUAUAUGAUAAGGAAAUGGUUGCAAUGUUUGUGAGCAUACUACAACCACCUUUUUACGAGCAUAUGAUUGGUAAUGUGUCUUCCAAUUUCGCCGAUAUCAUCAUCAUAGGUGAAAGGAUAGAAAUUGGACUGAAGAAUGGGAAAAUUUCAUCUCAAGCCACCACUUCGAAGAAAUCUGUUUUUAAUCCGGAAAAAAAGAAGGAAGGAGGGGUGCAUGCGACAUCAUCAGUGCCUAUGUGGGGAGGUCAUACCCCCACUCGUAGCUAUCCACCAAGCCCAAGCUACCCUCCCUAUGUGAACAACACAACGCCUGCUCCCCAAAUUAAAUCUCAACCGCCAGGAUAUUAUCCACCACCACAGGCUUCAAAUAAUGCUUGGAGAGUAGGAGUUGGCAUGGGUCCUGAUUGGAAUGUUGGUCAGAACACUCAUCCUAGGAGAGAACCAGAGAAGAAUUUCACUCUCAUUCCUAUGACAUACACAGAAUUGUUACCUCAUCUCUUAAAGAAAGGCAUGGCCAGUAUUCGUCCCAUGAAACAUUUACAACCUCCAUACCCUCAUAAUUAUGAUCCAAAUGCAAGAUGCAAUUUUCAUGGGGGAAGCAUUCGCCAUUCGACUGAAAGGUGCGUGGGUCUUAAGUUCAAAGUACAAUCGCUAAUUGAUGCAGGAUGGUUGAAGUUCCAGGAAGACAAACCCAGUAUUGAGGUCAACCCCCUUGCUGAGCAUGGAAACGCCUCAACCAAUGCCAUCGAGGUUGGACGACACAAACUAGUAAGGAAUGUAAGUGAAAUUCGAAGCUCCAAAGAGAUCAUUUUUGAUAAAUUGGUAAAACUGGGUUUGCUAAGGAGCAAAGGUGACCUUGAGAAGGCAUGUGGAGUACAUCUAGGAUCCGAGCAUUCCAUUAAUGAGUGUACCAAGUUUAGAAGCAUUCUCCAAGAUCUGAUCGACAGAAAUUUCCUACAAGUAUACCACAAGGAUAAAGAAGAAGAUGUAUUUGCAAACCAAAGACCUGAAAGAUAA